UCACAAGCCAAAACCCUCUCACCCCCGACCAACAAUGCAUGCAAAAACUGACUCAGAGGGGACCAGCAUUGACGCCUCAUGGCUGCCGAGGUCUCCAAGGAGGCCCAUAUACUACGUCCAGAGCCCUUCCAACCACGACGUCGAGAAGAUGUCAUACGGCUCCAGCCCCGCCGGCUCCCCUGCCCAUCAUUACUACCACUGCUCGCCCAUCCACCACUCUCGUGAGUCCUCCACCUCGCGGUUCUCCGCCUCCUUGAAGAACCCCAGAAACCUCUCCCCUUGGAAACACGUGCAGCUUCAUCAAGACGACGACGACGACGAAACGGACGGUCGCUAUGGAGGGUCUACUGAUAAAGUCAGAUUGUACUUGUGUAUUUGUUUGUUCUUCGUUGUCAUGUUCACCGUGUUUUGCUUGAUCUUGUGGGGCGCCAGCAAGGCUUACAAGCCUAAAAUCAUCGUCAAGAACAUCGUGUUCGAGAAUUUUAAUGUUCAAGCAGGUAAUGAUGCGUCAGGGGUGCCAACGGAUAUGCUGUCUCUAAAUUCAACAGUCAAGAUCUUAUACAGAAACCCAGCUCCAUUCUUCGCCGUCCACGUCACUUCUACUCCUCUGGAGCUUCACUAUUUCCGUCUCAAACUGGCCGCCGGACAGAUGAAGAAGUUUACUGAAUCAAGGAAGAGUCAGAGGAAGGUGGUGACAGUAGUGAAAGGACAUCAGGUGCCGCUCUAUGGUGGGGUUUCAGUUCUUGCAAGUGCUAGAGAUCAGCAGCACCUUGCGAGAGUCGAGGUUCCCCUGAACUUGACAUUUUUGGUGAGGUCAAGGGCUUACAUUUUGGGAAGACUGGUGAAAUCCAAGUUUUAUAGCCACAUUCGUUGCUUGGUCACUUUGAAAGGAAACAAACUCGGCAAGCCUCUAAACUUGACUAAUUCAUGUAUUUAUGAUUGAUGAUCUUCUUGAUCAUUUCUCAAAAACUAUCCUGAUUACUCCUUGCUUCUUGAAAUUUCUGUUCACAUAAACUGAAUCUAUCUUUAGAUGGUUCAAAUUCAAGGUGCCAAUAGAAGGAUUUGGAGUUCAUUGACAAUGUAAAUCUACUAGGUCUAUUCAUAUCGUUCAUCAUUGUAAACUAGAUUUAUUUUCUGUGAAGCUAUUCUUGCGAAUGCUCAUUGUUUUAGUUUUUUCUUUUGAAGUUAAUCUGUGCUUGAUUAGUUCAUCACG